UCCCUGCCGGGAAUCCGCUCCCUGUUCUCCGGUGACGUCGCUCUCCCGGGAGCCAAUGGGCGCGUAGAACCUCGCAGGCUGGCAGAGGGAGCGGACGCAGUAGGACCCGCGGCGGAGGGAGGGCAGGCAUGGCCCUGAACGGCGGGGGGAACCCCUUCGAGGGGGACCCGGGGAACCCCUUCCAGGACCCCGCGAUCACGCAGCACAGACCGACCUCCGAGUACGCCACCCUGGAUGUCUACAAUCCCUUCGAAAGCCCAGGGCAGCGCCCCCCGCCUCCGUAUGAGCCUCGGCCCUCGGGCCCCCCAGCCCAGCCAGCCCAGCCAGCCCCUGCCUCGCAACCCCCCAAGAAGACGAGCCCCACGGAGCCCAGGAAUUAUGGCUCCUAUGGAACCCAGGAGUCCGCCGCGGCAGCCACCGCCGAACUGCUGAAACGCCAGGAGGAACUGAACCGCAAAGCAGAAGAGCUGGACCGGAGGGAACGCGAGCUGCAGAAUGCGGCGAUCAGUGGCGGCGCAGCCAGGCCAAACAACUGGCCGCCUUUGCCCUCUUUCUGCCCCGUGAAGCCCUGUUUCUAUCAGGAUAUCUCGGUGGAGAUUCCCAUGGAGUCUCAGAAGACCGUCACCACCAUGUACUACCUCUGGAUGGCCAGCAUCGUGAGCCUCUUCUUCAACUUCCUGGCCUCCCUGGCCUGGUUCUGCGUGAACAGUGGGGGCGGCUCCGGCUUCGGCCUCUCCAUCCUCUGGGCCUUGCUCUUCACCCCCUGCUCUUUUCUGUGCUGGUAUCGGCCCAUGUACAAGGCCUUCAGGAGCGACAGUUCUUUCAACUUCUUCGUCUUCUUCUUCAUCUUCUUUGCGCAGGACGUGGUGUAUGUGCUUCAGUGCAUUGGCAUCCCGGGCUGGGGAUUCAGUGGCUGGAUCGUGAGCCUCUCGGCGCUGAAGGAGAAUACCGCCGUGGCCAUUCUCAUGAUGCUGGUGGCCACGCUCUUCACGGCGGUGGCGGUGCUGGGUGUCGUUAUGCUGAAGCGGAUCCACUCUCUCUACCGCCGCACCGGGGCCAGCUUCCAGAAGGCACAGGAGGAGUUCGCCGCCGGCGUUUUCUCCAACCAGACGGUGCGCACAGCGGCCGCCAACGCAGCCACCGGGGCAGCCAGCAGCGCUUUCCGAGCCCCGUAGAAGCUGGGGGCAAGAAAUCAGUCCGCCGCCCUUCCCUGCGCCCCGUCCUGAGUGGGGUGGCUUCCAUGGAAACAGAAACUGAAUUGCU